AGAUGCACAUUUGCCCCGCACAUGGAGACGAAAGCCUAUCAGAGCCGGAAAUAAGGUCAGAGAAACAUUCAAAUCGCAGCCCUUGUAUGCCGUCACUGCCGGGCUAGCAUCCUUCAGAGAAAUCUUUCCGGUUCAGCAUAAGAGUUCGGAGUAGUCGCGCGUUCCGCUGAGACCGUCACCAUGGCUCGAAAUGCAGAAAAGGCCAUGACGGCCUUGGCAAGGUUUCGCCAAGCUCAGCUAGAAGAAGGAAAAGUGAAGGAACGAAGGCCUUUUCUUGCAUCAGAAUGUAAUGAAUUGCCCAAAGCUGAGAAAUGGAGACGACAGAUUAUUGGUGAAAUUUCCAAGAAAGUGGCACAAAUUCAGAAUGCUGGUUUGGGUGAAUUCAGAAUCCGCGACUUAAAUGAUGAAAUUAACAAACUCCUAAGAGAAAAGGGGCACUGGGAAGUCCGAAUAAAGGAGCUGGGAGGACCUGAUUAUGCAAGAAUUGGUCCAAAAAUGCUUGAUCAUGAAGGAAAAGAAGUCCCAGGAAACAGGGGUUACAAAUAUUUUGGAGCGGCUAAAGACUUGCCUGGUGUUAGAGAGCUUUUUGAAAAAGAACCCCUUCCUCCUCCAAGGAAGACACGAGCUGAACUCAUGAAGGCAAUUGAUGCGGAAUACUAUGGCUACAGGGACGAGGAUGAUGGUGUCCUGGAACCACUGGAACAGGAACACGAAAGAAAUGUUAUUGCAGAAGCAGUGGAAAAAUGGAAAGUUGAGAAAGAAGCACGUCUUUCAAGAGGUGACAAGGAAGAGGAGGAGGAGGAAGUAAACAUCUAUGCAGUAAAUGAUGAUGAGUCUGAUGAAGAAAGUGGAAAGGAAAAGGAAGGUGAAGAUAGUCAGCAGAAGUUUAUUGCUCAUGUCCCAGUGCCAUCACAACAGGAGAUUGAAGAAGCUCUUGUCCGAAGAAAGAAAAUGGAACUUCUUCAGAAGUAUGCCAGUGAAGCUCUUAUGGCUCAAAGCGAAGAAGCUAAAAGGCUUCUAGGACUAUAGUAUUUCCUUCUGUAUAGUAUGAUCUUUCUGUACUUACUGUUCAUCCUAAAUCAACAGAUAUUCUAGGAGCAGCUACUUAAAAUAGUUUGGUUGUGUAAACAUUGUAUACUUAUGCAUUGUGAACUAAGGAUAUUUCACUGCAAGCAUUUCACUCUGUCCUACUCUGUAAAAGUUCUUUUAUUUUCAGCCUCUGCAGGCAAACUCUAAAUGAUUAUCUAGCUUGCCAUAAACCUGCUACUAGUUACUUUCACCUUUGCCUAAUGUUUACUUUGUGUAGCAAUUUCUGUUGUUGUAAUAUUUCUGCUAAGACUUCUUCAGAUUCAGUAGAAUACACUGGCGUUGAAUUGAAGCCUUAUUUAAUUUGGCCUGUUGCCUGUAAUGGAAUUUGGGUGGAAUUACACCACAGCUUAAUUUUGCAAGUGAUCUUAAAUGCCUUGCGCAGCUAAUACAGGCUUAAGUAAUAUGUAUUUGGUGUGGUUGCACACUUGGUUAAAUUUCCGAACCGCUGGAUAUUUCAGCAAGUAGUAUUGUAAAUAAUGAUUUGUCUUUGUAAAAUUAGUCAAACCUUUUUCAUUAAAAGUCACUUUUUUCAUGGUAUUU